CAAUCCCAUCCCAAAAUCUAACCAAAUUCUCAUGAACCAAACGAUACCAAAAAUGCCUACCACCAGAGCCAACAUGCCCACCACCAGAGCCAGCAUGCCCUCCCCUCCCAAAGCCCUCACCGAGGCCGAGUACUGGGACCAGCAGUGCGCGACCUACCCCUUCCUGGCCGACGACUUUGACGCCACCAAGAUCCGGGCGCCCAUCCUGCGCAACACCCUCGGGGCCCUCAGCAUCGACUUUCCCUCCAACGCCCGCAAGUCCGAGCUCGUCCAGCUGUUCCGAGACCACUCGGCCGGGCCCAUCUCGGCCUUCAGGGAGUACGUGCGCAAGGGCUACGCCGACUUUGCCGAAAAGGAAAAGACCAAGGACACCGCCGAGGCCAAAGCGACCAAGGCAAGAAAAGCCAAGGCGCCAGCAAUCGUCACCACCGACGACGCCCCAGCGCCCACCGCAGACGCGCCCGCCACCCCCGACCCCGAGGACGCGGCCGCGCACCACACCCGGCUCUGGGCGUCGGGUGCCCUGGGCCCGCCGAGGCAAGAAAAGGUCUCGGAGCUCUACGGCAGCCUGCUGCCCCUCGCGGGCAUAGACCCGCAGGGCCACGACGAGGGCAUGCAGUGGCCCGUCGAGGACGUCAUCCGGGUCCUGGGCAGCGCCCCCUUCGAGCGCCGCUUCAAAGCCAUCUCGGCCAUGCUGGACCUCGAGCGUGACCGGCGCCAACGCGGCGAGCAGCCCGACACGCCCGUGUACCCGCGGCCGGCUGCUGGCGGCGACGGCGGCGACUCGUCCUCGCAGGGCCAGAAGCGCAGGCGCAGGGACGCCGUGCUCCAGGCGGCCAAGCGCGUCAAGGUCACGCCCGAGGAGGACGCGGCGUUCCGCAAGCUGCUGCAGCAGGCCAGGACGGCCGCCUUUGAGGAGCUCGAGGAGGCCGCUAUGGAUUUCGAGACCUCCAAGAAGGCGUGCCUGACCGAGAUUGACCUCAUGACCGAUGCCGUCGACGAGAUGCGGAGGAACUGGACCCUUUUGCGCAAUGCCGGGACCGACGUGGAGGAGUUGAUUGAGGAGUUUUUGAGGGUUGACGGUUGACGGUGACUGAAGCUGUAGGAUAUUCUGUUCUUGUGUGCCGUUGAUAGACGUCGUUGUUGAAUCUAUGAUUAUGUUUUCGCGCCCAA